AUGCUCUCGGUGAUCGCGAUGCGCCGGCCGGAGGACGAGGAGCUCGGCCGCGGGGACGGCGACGAGUUCGUGGACAUCUCGCAGAUGCAGCUUCUUGUGGAGGCGGGGCCCAGCGGGCUGCAGUACGGCGGGCCGCAGCCGCCGGCCGCGCAGCCGGCGCCCUACGCCCAGCCCCCGCCCCCCGCCGCCACGGCCUCCGUCGACGACUUCUUCGCCCUCUACUUUGCGCCGGCGACACACGCUGCCGGCAACACGUGCCGAUACUGUCAAAGGCGUCCCACGCCACGCCACUUGGAGCUUGAAGUGGUCGGCUCGUCAGAGGUGCGCAAUGCCGGAUUACACCGCGCCGUACCCAGAUGCACGAUAGCCUCUGUUUCCCGCGGCCACCGGGGCACGCACGUGCUUUUGAGCCGGCCGCGCCGUCCCACGCCCCGCGCACAAAUCGACAAUCUAGUCCUUAGCAGACAAACCAGCCGCAUC